AUCAUCCAGGACCCUGCUGAAAUUACACGUUCAAGACAACUUACCUUAACCUCGCCUAUAAAAACCAUCAUCACCCCACCCCUCACCUUCUCAGCGAGAAUCAACUUGGAUAAAGAAUGACCACCCCGUCAACACAUUCGCAGUCCUCAUUCCCCUUCCCACCCGAAUACUCCUUCCCACCCUUCUUCACCCGCCAGACCAACCUGACAACCCACCACGCUCAGCUGGUGAAGUGGUCGUCCCUGGUCCUCGCCUACUGCCGCCACCACCGCAUCUUCAAGCUCUCGCUCUCCGGCAGCAGCGGCACCUCCACCACCACCAACCAGGGGGGUACUAGUACUACAGGCAGCGGUGGUACACCAAACCAGCCAGGCGGGGGGGAGCUCGACACCACCGAGCUGUUCUAUAACCAGCGCAUCGACCGGCGGCUGAGCCUGGCCGACAUCCGGGAGGUGAUCGACUUCCUGCGCAACGACGGUCGCGCCGAGUACGUGACCGGCGACGGGAAUAGCGGUAGUAGUAGUAGUGCUGCUAUCGGUGGUGCUGGUGGUGCAGAAGGGGGUGGGGGCGACAUUGUCUGGAUCUACUGGCGGACGCCCGAGGAGUGGGCGUCGCUGGUGGAAGGGUGGGUGGACUCGACGGGGCAGAAGGGCAGUGUGUUGACGCUGUAUGAGCUCGUUGAGGGGGAUGGGACGAGGGGUACUGAGUUCCAUGGCUUGGAUCAGCAACUGCUGCUGAAAGCGCUUAAUGUGCUCGUCAAGCGGGGCAAGGCGCAGGUGUUUGGCCAAGAGGAUUCACAAGGUGUCAAGUUCUUCUGAGAUAUGUUUCGCUGGUUCUCGCUAUGCCAGCGGUUCCUAUCCGACGGUUCACAACCUUACAAACCUACAAAGAAGACCUCCAAAGGUGCCAAACGUCCUACCCCAACGCCUGGCUGUAUAUACAAUACAAUUGCCUCUCACAACCGCCCACUCCUCACACGCGAUUGCUCACUAAAUACUUGGGGUCAAACUUCAGCUCCUGCCGCAUGGCAACAUCCAACAGCCAAUCUGACAUCACAAUCCUCGGCUCCAUGUGCCCCUUGCGCGCCAUCUCCUCGAACUUGGGCCACAGCUGCCUCUCGGCCGGCGUUAGCCCGGUUAGUAGGUAUACCGGAUCUGGAUCGGCACCGUUAUCCUCCUCCUCGGUCGUCGGCUUAAUGGUGGUCCCGCUC